UCGCGGUCUCAAGAAUUCACGAAUUUGAAGAGGAGAGCUUCGACGAAGAAUUUCAGUACUUUAGUGAUUUCUCUGACGAGGGUUCAGUAAUCGGCGAAGCGCUUGAGUGCAGCCCACCUUUUCCACCCAGGAUGGCUCAACAAGGAAAAUGGCGAGAGGACCAGGUCCUCAUCAUCUGCCCCGGCAGCCAGACUACUAUGGCCCAGCUAGGCUGUAGCGAACUUACUCCUCCCGCGCAUCGUAUUCCCACCAGAAUGUUCAAAGAUCCCGAAACCAAGGAGUACACGCCUCACCGUAUAUACAAGCGCAAGAAGGCUGGCGCAUCCGGAAGUGCCAAUGCCAAUGUCAAUGGCAGUACCAGUGCUAGCGACGAUAAAGAUGACGAUGAUCAAUGGGAAUAUGUUGAGGAUCAGGACAGUGUUGAGGGCGCAAUUUAUCCUCUCCAGGGCGGUCGCAUCGUACAUAUGGGCGCCUUCUUAGCAUUCCUCGACCACGUCCACAGUCUGCUCACGACGACCUACCACAACACACCCAUCAUGCUUAUGGCAUCGCCGCAGUGGACGCGACCCUGCUGUGAAACGAUCGCGCGAUACAUAUUUGAGAAGACCAAGACUCCUGCUCUGUGCCUAUUGAAUAGUGCCAUCGCGACACAGUAUGGCAUGAAGUGGCCGACUUUGACGGUCGUGGAUAUUGGCUAUGAGAAAGUCGAUGUCACUUGCAUUCACGAGUACCUCAUCGUUAGCCACAAGCAAUUGGGUAAUCCUAACCCCUUCCGAGAUAUUUCAGGUGGAGAGAUAUUUACCCAAAAGCUACUAUCGCUUCUGAAGGGUAAAAACUUUACCUACGACAUGGCCGAGCAGCUCAAGAAGAGCCCUCUAUGUGAAGUUCUACCAUACGUGCCCGAAGCGGAGAACUUCAUGGAGCUCCCUACGGAUAAUCCGACUGCGGCCGUUAACCAGUCUACCGGCGCUGCUCCGCCCAGCGGAGAAGGUGUGAGAGUUGUUGAGCCGCCGAAAUCCGUCACUGCCUUUGGCGGUGAGACGGAUGGUGCAGCUACGGAUGGAAAGGAACCUGAUGAGGGUGUCCUAGAUGUAGCCAACAUCGUCACUAGUGGAAAUACUCGAGAAUUCCUCGCGAAGAAAGAAAAGGAGAAGGCCGAAAAGGCGAAGUCGAAGAAGCAAGGCAAGGGUCAGGAAGCCGAGCCUGCUGCAGCUAAGCCAGCUCGAUUGCCCAACUCCAAGAGAAAGGUGAACACGUUCCACUACGAAGAAUUAGUCCACGAGGACGUAAAAAUUCCCACCUCGAACGGAGCUCCUAAAACGGAACCCUUCGUUCCAACAAAUGGUACUGCGCCCGCAGGUGAUGCGCAGACUACCGAGGGUGCACCUGGCGCCCAAGAGACGAAGCCCGAAGGAUCUACAGACGCGAAUGGUGAUGCUGCAGAGUCCAUUGUCAAUGCUACUGGAACGGAGCGACGAACGAAGCGAGAGCGCCGAGACAUCGAGAUCGGACUCGAAAGAUUCCUCUUCGCAGACCGUCGCGAGAUAGACCGCAUUACGGAUACGAUUUACCUAGCGAUUCAGAGCGUCGAGGAACUCUACAAGCGCCCCGGAUGCUGGGACAACAUCGUCUUUGUCGGCAACGGAAGUCGCCUACGCGGCAUCAAGGAUAACAUUAUCCAGACUCUUAUUGCGCGCCACAUGGUCUCGCCUAGCACCGCUACUAUUUUCACUUCCGAACUACCCUCAAACAUGGCGACGCCGAGUGGAACCGGUUCCCAGACACCCACCGGUUCCUUUACCGGCCAGCUCCCGACCACGAGCGCGGUUAACCCGCUUCUACAAGCGGCAACGACAGCUUCUCUGGGCGUUCCCGGCUCUGCACUUGCCCCCGGUUCGACAGCAGGUGACAUUGUGACUGGCCACCAUUCGCACGGCCAAUCGCCCAUGAGCAUCAAGCAGGCACCUCCGCCUACGUACCUGGCGGAAUGGACCAAGAACGGCUUCGAGGAAUCAAUGUUUCUCGGCUCACUCAUCGCGGCGCGUCUCGCUUUCUGUGUCCAUAACUUGGACGCCCAGACUUCCGAGUCCCAACGCAUGAUGAGUCUUAACCGCGUUGAUUACAACGAACACGGCCCUAAACUGAUUAACUCCCACUCGAUGCUAGGUUGAACGCGAACACCCGACAAGGGUUCCCGAAACGGUAUCCGUUCCUAGUCGGCGGCUCCUAAUUCUUUGCGUUCACUGCACUGCACUGCGUAUUCCCCCAUCCCCAUCGGAGUUUCGGGUUAUGAAGACAAAAGUUCUUUCUCUUUUUAUACACCCCGAGGACGUGGUGUCAUGUUUUCCCUGGUUGUCUUCCUCAGGGGAUCUCGGCUUUGCGGGCCAGAUCCAAGGCAGGAUCUUCGUUUUUUUUCUUCUCCAACAAGGCAUUUCGGGGGGGCGUUGGUAGUUAGGGGUAUAUUUGCUGUCUUGUAGGUUCGCUGGGUGCUACGGCGCCAGGUGGACUGAGCCGCUGCCUGUGGGUGGCGAGGACUUGCUGUACUAUAGUCCCGAUGACGGUGGAUAAUAGUAAAAUGGCUUCUGUUUGAGUGAGAGUGUUAA